GCUCGUUCAAGUGUAUUUCGUUCGUCUCUGUCCCGAGCGUCCUACCGAUCCUUCGUUCUCUAUGGUAUACUACUUUGCUUUUUUCCUUUGCUAUUGCUUGCUUUGCUUCUGCUACGUGUUCAUAAUUUUGCCUUGGCUUCGGUAGUCGUUGCACUUUUGCACUUUUCGGCCAUCUGACGUGUCGUUAAAGUGCACUUGGUUCAAUACUUGGUCCUCGCCCGGUGGUUGAUGGCCACGCUGUUGCGUGCAAACCUGCCCGUAUCGGUCAACAUGCAGCUACAAGCCGUGAUACGCCUGGUCGGACUGGACGACCUUCCGGGUGAGGUGCCCCUGCCCAUCCUCACCGAGUGGAAGGAGCAGAUGGUGCAGAGGCUCAUGGAGCCCCGGUACUACAAGCGGGCCGGGGGUUAUCCUGGAGGCGCAUACCGGCUGCUUUGCGAUCACCUUGCUAUUAUGGCGGUGUACGAGUCCGAUUCGAGCGGCACUGUCGGCAACCGCACCACGAGCGAGCUCAGCCGCCUGGGCUUUGUGGCUGAGCUUAGGUUCUCCUGCACAGAAAGCAUGAAGUACCUCUCGGAAAGGCGGGCAGAGCAGGGCGUCAAGCUGUCGAUGAGUUGUGCCCUUGGGGCUGGUACCGGUACCCUGUAGAGCUUCUCUAUGGCUGUCAUGCAUGUUAUGCACCAUAGCCUAGCUGUAGUUCAUGUUACGACCCAUGGGCCUCCGGUGUAGAGCACGAGGGUGAAGAGGCACGGGGGUGAAGGGUACCGACAUGUACUAAUCAAGUGUGGCAUCGACUUCACCUUACGAUGCUGUCACGAGCCUAUAAUGUAAUGGUACGCUGACU